ACCUCCGACGAGCUUCGAGAACACGACACCGCAUACCAGGCAAGCAGACGUCAAGAUGCCUGCCUACCACUCCGUCUUCCUCGAUGAGCCCAACCAGCAAUUGAUUGGCAACUUUGCCCUCCUUCCCUUACGCACAAGAACCCGCGGCCCUGCCAUUCAACUGCCUGCUCUACCCGCCGAUGUCACCGAGCUCACCAUCGAUGCCUCACACGAAUCAUACGACCCCUUAGACGAGAUUCUCGCCCUCUUCCGCGCAAACACGUUUUUCCGCAACUUCGAAAUCAAGGGACCAGCGGAUCGCGUGCUCAUCUAUGGCAUCCUAUACGUGAGCGAGGUGCUGGGCAAGAUCAAGCCGGCCAUGUCAAGGAGAGAAGCCGAGAAGGCUGUCAUGAAUAUUGCGCUUGACACCAACUUUGCGAUCCCAGGCGAUGCUGGAUUCCCGCUGAACCAGGCUUUCGAGGCACCGGCCGACAGGAACUCGGCAGAAGUGAUGCGACAGUACAUUAUGCAGAUGCGACAGGAAUUGGCCACACGGUUACUCAACCGUGUCUAUGCUGACGAGACAAACACACCCAGCAAAUGGUGGCUAAGCUACACCAAGAGGAAGUUCAUGGGCAAGGCCUUGUAAAUGAUUGCAAAUCCUUACUGCGGACAGAUUCAAGAUAAUAACAUAUACUCAAUCCGCUAGUCCUAAGCAUACUGAUUGAGCUAGUGGCUGGUCACGCAACUUAAUUCCAGUUCUC